ACACUAUAAAAUCCAACAUCCCAUAAAAGAAAGAAGAGAGAAAAAAAUGGAUACGAUGAAAACAACAAAAGUGAAGUUCACAAAAGAGAUGCUAGAGUCUAUCAAAGGCAAGCUCCCAAGGCUCAGCUUUCUCCUCCUCUUCCUCCGACAAUGCUACGGCGGUUGUGGAGACCGGACCCACUUACUCCCUUGUUCAAUCACCACUUCAUCCACCCGCUUCUGGAACCUCUCUGAUCGUCCCGUGGAGCUUCAGAUUCGAGUCGGGUCGAUCCUUAAACGCGUCCACACUCUCAAACCGGGACGUUCCAAAAAGCUCAGACACAGUAACCUCCACAGAGCCUACGUUCCUGACCAGGAAGGACGUCGAUGGUUGUACUACGAUGACACGUGUUUGCCGUACGUAUGGGUUCACGAGACGGGUACAGACUUGUCGAAGAUGGUGAAGCAACAGUACGUGAGUCUUGAUGAUCUGAGAGAUUGCUCGGAGAUUAGGAUUUUUAAGGAUUUACAGAGAGGUUGUGUCUCUGUUGAGAAGAGAGACAGAGCUUCUGCUUUGUGUUGAUUGUGAAAUUUUUCCUUAUUGAUUACUUCAUCUAUAUAAUUAUGAGUACUACAUAUAAGCUAAAUAUGCAUUUCAUUGUUUGAAACAUGAUGCCUGUAUCCAUUUAUAUGCAACUCCAUCUCCAGUAAUGACUCUUGUUGAUCUUGGA